AAUGUGUAUUUGUUCUGAAUGAUGAUGCCUUCGCAACACUUUUGACUUGGGAGUUGGAACUCCCGCGACUGCCCAACCUUUGAAGAAUACCAAACUGAACUUUUGGCAUUUGCCUCUAUCCUCUGCGUCUUUCUCCUCCUCCCCCACUUGCACAAACCGCAACUCGGAAACUAUCCCUUUCCCUUCUCCCCCAACCUCUCUCUCCUCAGCGUCGCUGCCCAAGCAAAGCAUCCAGUUUCUCCCUGCCGAUCAAUAUCACCAAGUUCCAUGUCUCGUCUAACACACAAAGCUGAACUCCGGGAACCCACCUACCAUAUUCUUCUGUUUCUCUGUUUUUCUCUUUUUACACCUUGGAAUGGCCACCGAAAAAGCAAGGGUUUCCAUGCCGGUGGGGGUGACUCAUUUGAAGUACUCGAACCGGGUGGUUUUGAAAACUAUAUUGGAACGUAGUGAUGGAGGGUUGGGACUGGUUGGCGAGAGAGUUGUAAUCGGAGGAUGGGUGAGGUCUUCGAAGGAGGUGACGACGAAAGAUCCUUUGCCGCCGUCACCGUCACCAUCACCUCCACAGAAAACGGAUGCUGGGACGGGUGAAAUGGGGCCGAAAGAUGCGAGCUUUAUUGAAAUUCUUCAGUCUCGGAUACCCUUUUUCCGGUCGAUUAUGAAAGUUUUAGGUGGUGGGAAUUACAACCAUUUUCGCGAAAAUUCGGAACAGGGGAUUCCCAGGACGCCCCCGCCUUCGAUUGCUUUCUUGCAAGUUAGCGACGGCUCAUGUGUUAGCUGUCUUCAGGUUGUUGUAGCUUCUGCUAUAGCUUCCCCGUGCCAGCUCCUGCGUACUGGAACAUGUAUACUGGUGGAGGGUGUAUUGAUGCAGCUAUCAGAACUAGGAAAACAUGUCAUCGAGCUUAAAGUGGAUAAAAUUCUUCAUAUAGGGACAGUGGAUCAUGACAAGUAUCCGUUAUCAAAGAAAAAGUUACCAUUUGAAAUGUUGAGGGAUUUUUCCCAGUUUCGACCUCGGACAACUACGGUGGCAUCUGUUACGAGAAUCAGUAAUGCCCUGACCUUCGCAACUCACACAUUCUUUCAAAACCUGGGGUUCUUUCACAUGCAAGUACCUAUUAUCACAACCACAGACAGUGAAGGAUUAACUGAAAAAUUCUCGGUUACGACUCUUUUUGGCAAAGCAGACAAGAUGGAGAAGCCAACUACCAUUAAGGACACUGAAGGUGUUAGCCUUGAAGUUAUCAAGUCUGCUGCGAAGGAGAAAGCUAAGCUAGUUGAAGAACUAAAGAAAAGUGAAAGCAACAAGGAAGCACUGGCUGCCACACUUCAGGAUUUUCAGAAACCAAAUGAAGCGUCACAGUUAAAAGCAAGAGAAAAAUCAAAACCAGCAACUUCACUGAAGGCCAAUAAAGUUAACUUUUCUGAAGAUUUCUUCUCCUGUCGAACUUAUCUGACCGUUUCUGGUCGCCUACACCUGGAGAGCUAUGCAUGUGCCCUUGGAAAUGUUUACUCAAUUGGACCCCGAUUCCGGGCAGAUUGUGCUGGACAUGUGGCAGAGAGGUUAAUGAUUGAGAUCGAAAUGGCAUUUGCACAGUUAGAGGAUGUCAUGUGCUGUGCAGAUGACUUUUUCAAGUUCCUCUGCAAAUGGGUGUUGGAUAAUUGUCCCGAAGAUAUGAAAUUUGUUUCAAAACGAAUUGACAAAACCCGUAUUGAUCGUCUUCAAUCAAUGAUAUACAGUAAAGUUGAAAAGAUCACCUACACUGAAGUUGUAGAUGUAUUAGGAAAGGUUGCAGACCAGAAGUUUGAAGUAAAACUUCAGUGGGGUUCUGCGCUCACAGCAGAGCAUCUAAGUUAUUUGGUAGAGGUGAUCCACAAGAACCCUGUAAUGAUAUACAAUUAUCCAAAAGGAGUUAAGCCAUUUUAUGCUCGCUUGAAUGAUGAUAGAAAAACUGUUGCAGCAUUUGAUUUGGUGCUACCAAAGGCAAGAAUCUUAAUUUCAGGUAGCCAAAAUGAGGAGCGAUUGGACAUUUUAAGUUCAAGAAUAAAGGAAUUGGGGUUGCCCAGAGAACAGUACGACUGGUACUUAGAUCUUCGCAGGCAUGGAACAGUCGAGCACUCUGGAUUCAGUCUUGGGUUCGACCAUAUGGUUCUCUUUGCUACUGGGCUGACUGAUGCUGUAGAUGUUAUCCCUUUUCCCAGGAGUUAUGCAAAAGCCAACAACUAAUGCUGUAGAUUGUUUUGUGCCAUUGAAAUCUCUGUUCAUCACAUGAACGCAUAAAUGUAUGUGACAUAGAUUUAUAAUUAGAAGGAAGUAACUC